AUGGCCCACCGGACACUGUCGGCGCUACUGCUGGCCCUCGCCGGUCUGGCGGCCGGCGCUGGGGCCGAUCUGGCGCUGCCCCGCGGCGUCUCCAUGGCCAAGGCCAGUCUGUACCAGGCGGGCGAUACGUUCACCUGUUUGGACGGCUCGGCCACCAUCCAGUUCCAGUACGUUAAUGACGACUACUGCGACUGCGAGGACGGUAGUGACGAGCCGGGCACGUCGGCCUGCGCGGUGGGCUCGUUCUACUGCGCCAACCGCGGCCACGCCGCCGCAGAGGUGCCCUCCGCCUGGGUCAAUGAUGGCGUCUGCGACUGCUGUGACGGCUCUGAUGAGUACGCCAGCGGCGCCUGUCCCAACACGUGCGACGAGAUCGGCGCGGCGGCGCGCGCUCGCCAACAGCAGAUCGACGAGAUGCGCCUGCGCGGCUACGAGGUCAAACUGAAGCUGAUUGAGGAGGGCAAGGAGAAACUGGCAGAGAAACAGGUCCGUCUAGCGGAGCUAAACCGUGAGAAAGAAGUAGCUGAGGAGAUGAAGAACGCUCGUGAGGCGGCCAAAAAUGAGGCGGAGGCUCAGGAGCGGCUGCUCCUGGAUGCGUGGCACGAGCAGCGGCGCCAGCAGGAGCAGGAACAUGAGGAGGCCAACCGGCAGCUGGCCGAGGAGACCUUCACCAGGCUGGACGUCAACAGCGACGGAAAACUUACCACCGAGGAGCUGCAGAGGGAGCCCAAGCUGGACAAGGACGCUGACGGCGUCGUCUCCAAGGACGAGGUUGACUCCAUUACCAUGAACAAGGACGAGCUGGAGAUGGAGGAGUUUGUGCAGCAGCAGGAGGUGGCAGAGGGAGAGGAACUGACAGAGGAGGAGCUGGCGGCUGGAGAGGUGGACGCAGGCGAUCUGGUCACUCCGGGAGCCGGAACGGUGCAGGAGCUCGACAGGGACGAGCUGGUUGAGGACUCGUAUGAGCCUCCUGCCUACGACUCCGAUGACGAGGAAGAAGACGAGGAGGAGGAGGAAUUUGACGCUGCCGAACACUACCGGCGGCGACACAGCGCGCCGGAGACGACCGGGGACGAGCCGGAGUACGACGCCGAGACCCAGGCGGCCGUGGACGCGGCCAAGCAGGCUCGCGCUGAGCUGCAGGAGGCCGAGCAGAAGCUGCGUGACAUUGAACGCGAGGUGGGCGGUGUGGAAUCGUUCACCGGACUGGAUCUGGGCCCCGAGAAGGCGUUCGCCGCGCUCUACCAGCAGUGCUUCACGCUCGAGAACCGCGAGUACGAGUACAAACUCUGCGUGUUCGAUAAGGCCACCCAGAAGCCGCGCAGUGGCGGCGUGGAGACCUCCCUGGGCAAGUGGGACUCCUGGGAGCGACCCGAACAGACCGGCUACACCCAGCAGCUGUACAACAACGGACAGCAGUGCUGGAACGGCCCCAAACGCUCGGCGCAUUUUUUUACCGGCGACGUUCGGGUACCAUAG